CUCUGCAGCUGGGCUGCACCUCAAUGAACCUAAUUGGUGCACUGUGAGCGACCAUCAUCUAUCCACUGGAUUUCCAUCGCGCCCGGCUUCCAUCCAGAACAUAUGAAUUUGCUCAGACAGACCCUUUUAAGGAGUUGAACAGAUAGGUCGGAGAAAAUGGCACAACGCGCGGUUUUGUUGCUACUGUGGCUCUUUGACAGAUCAUACGCAGGCUUUCCCAAUCAGAUUAGUAUCGGGGGACUGUUCAUGCGUUCCACGGUGCAGGAGCACAGCGCGUUCAGGUUUGCUGCCCAACUCUACAACACCAACCAAAACACCACUGAAAAGCCUUUCCACCUCCUCUACAAUGUCGACAACCUCGAGUCGUCCAACAGCUUUGCAGUCACCCAUGCGUUUUGCUCCCAGUUCUCCCGCGGAGUGUACGCCAUCUUCGGAUUCUAUGACAAGAAGUCCAUGAACACCCUGACCUCCUUCUGCGGCGCCCUGCACACCUCCUUCGUCACACCCAGUUACCCCACCGAUAAUGAGGUGCAGUUUGUCAUCCAGAUGCGCCCUCCCCUCCGCGGCGCCGUCCUCAGCCUGCUCUCUCACUACAAGUGGCAGAAGUUCGUCUACCUCUACGACACCGACCGAGAACUAGUAUCCUCUGUUUCCUCUCAGGGUGCGGGGAAGUGUCACCCCCCGCGGGCGAUAGUGGAGCACUUCUAUAGAGGGAAGUGCCUGCGGUGUCGAGACGAGUCGCCGAAAGGUGGCCGCAGCCCGCUGGCCCGCCUCGUCCGACACUCGGCCCCGGCUUGCACCCCGCGCGCCGCCCACCGCCCGCAUGGCGACGUUCGGCCUCGCGCGUGGCUUCUAGCUGGCGUCUCUGCGGUGUGGAGGGAGGCAGAAUCCCGCCUGCCGCCUCUCGCUCUGCGCGCGCCGUCAGCCAAAGGGCCCCGGCAGAGCCGUCGUGCCACGCCACCUGAAGUGCGGAGGGAGGGACCGUUCUUUCGUACCACCGAGUCACCACACGAGCUUUGA